AAGAAGAUGGCGGCGGCCGCGGCCGCGGAGCUGCAGUUCGCGCAGAGACUCGCGUCCAACGAGAAGCGCUGCCGGGACCGGGCGCUCAGCAAACUCCGCCGCUACCUCAGCGCCCGCUCGCAGCCGUCCUCAGUUGGCUUCACUCGAGAGGAGCUACUGAAGAUAUGGAAGGGAAUCUUCUACUGCAUGUGGAUGCAGGACAAGCCCCUCCUACAGGAACAAUUGGCAAAAAACAUUGCACAGCUUGUGCAUGCAUUCCAGAACCUGGAUGCCAAGUUCCUGUUCAUGGAGACCUUCUGUCAGACCAUGAACCGAGAGUGGAAUGGAAUCGACCGCCUUCGGCUGGAUAAGUUUUACACGCUCAUCCGCCAGGUCCUGCGGCAGUUUCUCCAGGAGGUCCGGAGCAGCGGCUGGGAGGACAGUCUCGUCAGCCGCUUUCUGGACUGUCUGACAGCGGAGGUGCUGAAUCCAGCCGGUAACUCUGCACCCAAUGGCGUCCGCUAUCAUUUCAUUGACAUCUACCUGGAGGAGCUGGCCACUGUGGGUGCACAGGAGUUGUCUGCGGAACAGAACUUGAAGUUUAUUGAUCCUUUUUGUUGCAUUGCGGCCAAAACCAAAGACCGGGUCCUGCUGCACUCCAUCACACAUGGGAUCUUCGAGCUGAUUGUGGACCAGGCACCAUUUGCUGUGGAAGACCUAAUGAAGGAGCUGGAGCGCAGUGAGGGGGUCGACGACUCCAGUGAGGACCAAGCUUCUGACAGCGAUCUAGACGAGCCCGUGCUGGGCAAAUCAGCAGCGAAGCACAUCAACGGGGCACGAGAGGAGCUGGCGGAGUCUGAGUGCUCGGUGACAAUGGGAGCAAAGUCCCCGCUUGACCGUGGGGAAGACGAGGAGGAAAAUUUGGAUCUGCCGUCAGACGAAGAUGUAGGACCUGUCCUUCAGUUUGACUACACAGCGAUAGCUGGCCGCCUCUUUGAGCUCGCAAGCAAGAGCAAGACAGCAGCUGCGAACCGGAAGCGCCUCUACAAACUGGUGAAGAAAUUCAAGGAUUUGGCUGAAGGAAUCUUCCCACACGACGCGCUCUCUGCGGAGCUCUCCACAGAUGAGGACGACGAGGAGGAUUUUGAGUGGAGGAAGAGGAAGAAGCGGAAGGCGGCAGCGGAAGAGCGGCAACGAAAAAAAGAAAGGAAAGAAGAAGAUGUUCAGGAAGUGGACAGCCCUCAGCCCCGCGAGGAGCGAGUGGAGGAGUCUGCAGCCCCCAAACAACCAGCGGCUGUCCGGAGAAAGAAAAAGAAGCAGAGAAUAGUGAGGAGAGCAAGUGAUGGAGCAGAGGUGGUGGUGGCAGCGGUGCCUGGCGGACACGGGACGGAGCAGCGCCCUGAAACGCUCACAAUAACAACAGCAGCAACAGCAAAGGUCAUCGGGGCGGAGAGCACGCAGUCACCCGCUGAGGCGUCUGGGCACCAGGACUCGGUGCAGGUGGAAACCCAAACCCUCGUCGUGAAGAGGAGAAAGAAGAAGCAGAAGGCGAAGGCUGUGCUGCUGAACGGCAACAUUCUGGCCGGAGCCUCAGAGCAGAGCCCGCAGUCCCCAGCCCCGCAGCCCCCAGCCCCGCAGCCCCCAGCCCCACAGCAACACGGCCCCAAAGCUAAGCUUCACCACAAGAAGUUGAAAAGCAAGAGGAAAGUGUCAUCGCUGGCGCUCGCUGCCGGCCCCGGGAAGCGGAGAGCACCGCCACUUGGCACCCGCGGGGCCAAGAAGCUGAAACCCCAAAGCAACGGAGACCCCAUGAGGAAGGCACAGACCCCGACACCAGACAGCGACUUUGUGACGCUCCAGAGCGCGGCCAUACCCAGGUCCUUGUUCCUAAGGAGAGCGCAAGGCGCCAACCACACCACCCAGCCUGGGCACAAGGUUACAGUCUCGUCUUCUAGCAACAAGAAGGUUCGUUUCGGAUUGAAAAACAAUACAAUGGCAGAGUUCAAGCGGACGGACAGGAGCCUGCUAGUGAGCCCCGAGGGUACAUCCCGCGUGGCGUUUGACCCCCAGCAGAAGCCGCGGUGCGGGGUGCUGAAGGCCCUGGCCUCCCCCUCGCCCCAGUGUGGCCCCCGCCGAGCCCGGCCCAGAGCCAGCGAGUAUUUCUGACUCUUUGGCCCCUCGACUGCCAAGUUCUGACUUUCUGUAACCUCCAAUGAUGGCGUCCUGGAGCUGCUCAUCAACCCCGCCCCUUGUUUUACCCCUUGUUUCCCCCGUUCCCCCCUUGUUUUACUCCCUCACCUCCCCUUGUUUUACUCCCUCUUUGUAUCCCUGAUGUAGAGGGUGUGUGUGAGCCAUAGGGAGCGAUGGCCUGUGUAGGCUGGUGUGCGGUCGUCACUUUUGCUUUUUAAAGUUCAUGAUUUGUACAACCACACGCACACCUGUCCCCUGGCAGAGAGAGCUCAUAUAUAGACACACACACACACCUGUCCCCUGGAAGAGAGAGCUCACACACACACACCUAUCCUCUGGCAGAGAGAGCCCACAUACACAGCUGUCCCCUGGUAGAGCGAGCUCACACACACAAAUACACACCUGUCCUCUGGCAGAGAGAGCUCAAAUACACACCUGUCCCCUGGCAGAGAGAGCUCACACAUACACACACCCCUGUCCGGUGGCAGUGGCUGAUGCGUUAUGUGCAGCCCCCAUCUAUGAUGUGUCACUGACUCUGAGUCUCAUCCCUUCCUGCUGAAAACUCGUGUUUUCAAUCUCUUCAUACCUACCCCGCGCCCCCACCCCCCCACCCCACACCACCGGCCUGGGAGGAGUGAGCAGGUGUGGUGUGGGACAGAUCUCUUUCUCUCUUAAGCUCUACACAACCGGGCCCAGCCUUGAGGCUGAUUUCUGCUGUCAGAUCGUAGAUAAAUUGUAUAAAAGAAAUAUAAAGGUUAAAAUGAUUUACAGAGAGAGGCGUGUGGCGAAGCAGGGAAGCUCUGUUGGUCUCCGCAGUGUGCACUUGCAAGGUUCAGGAAAUGUCAUGGUCUCCUGGUGUCAUAACCGAGCCACAGCACGGGCGCGCUCGUGUUACCCCCUGUUACAAGGAGAGAGAUGCGUCAAUCGUAUGGAAGGGCUUGAGCUCACCUUGGUUGUGCUUGGAUUUGCACAGCGACUGUCAUGUCAGUGAUACUGAUACUGUGUAUGAGCUGGUUACACCAUUCGUUUCUGUUCCGCUUUACAAGGAACCGUUUAAACCCACAAGCGCCCUGUGUUAUCAGUCAGUCGCAUUAAAUCGCUGAUUGUUUUCUACAACA